UUAUCUUGUUGUGUGAAUUGCGUAUGAUUAUUAGGGUGCUAUGAUAAGAACCUUUGAGCACACACAGUGAUACUUUUUAUUAUUGGUAGUUUAGAAAAAAUAAAAGGUUGUGCAUUUUCAAGAAAUUCUCAUGAGCGAAAAUCAAGAAGUUAACCCUAAGGCAUAUCCGUUAGCACCACCCGAGCUUUCAAACCGAAUUCUCGAUCUUUUACAGCAAGCUGUUAGUUACAAGCAAAUACGUAAAGGAGCUAAUGAAGCAACGAAAGCAUUAAAUAGAGGAAAAGCGGAACUUGUUGUUUUAGCCUCCGAUGCCGAACCCUUAGAAAUUUUAUUGCAUCUUCCAUUAGUCUGUGAAGAUAAGAAUGUACCGUAUGUUUUUGUUAAAUCAAAAGUUGCUCUAGGACGUGCGUGUGGAGUAUCACGCUCUGUUAUAGCGUGUGCUGUCACAACUAAAGAAAUGUCUCCUUUAGAUUCUCAAAUAACGGAAUUAAAGAAUGCAAUUGAAAAAAUUUUAAUUUAAUUUUUUAAUUAAAAAUAACAAAACUUUUUUUAUUUGACACAAUCUUAAAAUAAAAGAAUUAUUUCUGCAUUAGGAA